CGCUCUUUGAAGUCAUGUUUUGUCAUUUUUAUAAUGACGAGCGUGAAACAUUAGCGCUAAGGAGUAAAAGAUUUUGUUGGCAAAUACCAUCCAAACCGUCCAGGCGACUUUCUGUUGCUUGAGACGCGCUUGCCUAAUUAGGUGAUGGCAGUUCAUUAUUCUCGCCAGGGUUCUCGUGCCUCCGAUCUUCGCCACAUUGAUUCCUUCAGAGUGAGAAACUAUUGAAGCGGGAAGAGGGUUUGUUGUGUUCAGUAGUCAGCAUCACCAGAUACGCACCUAUCACCUCUCAAUCGCUGUGAGAUACUGUUGUUCCUUUCGCUCGUCGCAAAGAAGGACAGAAAGCCCAACAAAGAGUGCUCCUGAGCCAGUUGUACUAGCUAGCUACUAGGAUCAUCUUGCGAGUCAACCCAAAACGAAUCUCAAUCGAAUCCGCCUGUCAACGCGAAUCCGCAAGAAGGAAAGAGAGAAAGAUCGCCGUCACUGUAGCCCGCGUCAAUCCACUCCAAACCAUCCCAACCACAAUCAUCGUCUCGUCAAUCAUCAUAUCAGCAUGCCGAUUCAUAGCAACCUGUCUCUAUCGGAACGAUGGAGUUCCGAGAACUUUUCGGAAAUGGCUCGUUUGUGGAGUUUGAGUCGCGACGAUCAAGUCAAGAUGCGGCAAUUGCAACAACGGAUUGCCGACUUGGAUCACUGGAAGAAUGACCCGUUUGAAGUGAUUCGCUACUAUAAGCAGUGCAAGGCGAGUCUCACCAAGACGGAAAAGAUGUGGCGCCACAUGGUUUCGUGGCGAUUGACGGAAGACAUGGAUUCCUUCUUGACGCGCUACCAGCCCGACGAGAUGUGGCAUCAACUCCCCAAUCAAAUGCUCGCCACGACCGAUUACGAGGGAGAUCCGAUUGUGGUCGAUCGCGUCGGCGUGGCCGACAGUUGGGGACUCUUCAAGCACUUUGGAGAAGAGACCAUGGCCGAUCAUCUCAUUUACAUUCGGGAACUGUACACCAGUCCCGACUUUUGGAAACAACACUACGAGCCACAGCAAGGACACAAGGUUCGACAGUACAAUAUGAUUGUCGAUCUAGAUGAUCUCAAUCAAGGACCACUCAAACCAUCACUGCUACGAGUGUUGCAACGGGUGUCACGGAUCUUGCAGGAUUGUUACACUGGGUGGGAAAAGCGCAUCUUUGUGAUUCGCGCUCCUGCCGUAUUCAAAAUGGCAUGGAGACUCGUCAAGUACUUUUUCGAUCAGGAAAAGCGAGAUGCCAUCAUCUUUGCGACCAAAUCCGACUACUUGGAUGUACUGGGCAAAUACAUGGAUCUGAGAGACUUGCCAGAUAUCAUUGCGCCGGGAAUUGGUCAAGCCAAGGGAUACCCGGGAACCUACUUUGAACGAGUUUCUUUGCAAGGAGGACCCAUUCGCAAGGACAAGCUACUAGAGCGACAACAAGAAGAGGACGCGACGGAGGAGUGCACCUCGUCGUCCUUUGACUUUGACAGUCAUCGCGGUGGCGCUGCUGCUGCCAACAUCAACGUCAAGGUCAUGACCAAGGGUGUCUGGAGUCGAGCUGGUCCCAACAGAGGCGCAACAACCGUUACCACCACCUAUACAAGCUCGACUUGCAAAGGCACUUUCUAAACGAUGAUGCCGACGACAACAAUAGGCUGCCUUGACUUGACUGAUUGGCCGUACUUUUUGUUUUCCGUGUUCGUUCCUUCAUAACCCAAACAACAACUAUCCGUUUUUCAUACCACACUCGUCUCGUUGGCGCCGUUUUUGGCCAGCCACGACAAAACAGUACAGUACAGUGCAAAGCACAGAAAUUAAACAAAUUCUGCAAACAAACCAAGCAGACAAAACAAACAAUCCAAAACAAACAAUCCAGUCAGCGAUUACUUGUCUUGUCUGCUAGCCACUGUAGCUAGUAGCUAGAUAGCAAGAACCAGCGCUAGCUAGAUACGAUGGCCUUUCCAUGGAUCGCUUCCCGUCCUCUGAAACUGCCCUGGUUGCCGUCGAGAAAUAAAUGGUCCAAGGGAACCACAAACAAACAUACCGGUACAUACGGUCCAGCCAAGGCUGCCAUCAUAUAGGGGUGAAAGCGUCGUCAACUACUAGCUAGCUAGUGCCUCGUAGAGGGGUGCCUCCAAGGAUCCGCGAAUACCUCGGAUAUCCGUGCUUACUUUGAUGCUGUGGAGCAUGGUAACCAUGACUAAUAA